AUGAAGCUUAUGUUGCGCUCCGUCAUCACAACGUCUUCAUGGAAAUUGAAUUUCGAUGAAUUCUGUAAUCGCCUAUCCCAACGCAUUGUACUGGCUCGCCCUGGUGCGCAACUGUUUGACUCGUCUUUUUACAGUUACAAGAUUUAUCAGUUAGAUGAAUUGUCCGAGCAAGAUUUGGCUGGUAUCCAAGAACAAGCAGGACUGACGGCCGAGGAAGUGAGAGAGCUUCUGGAAUCACUUUUAGCGAAUAUCCUCAGAUUUUUUGUUCUUUACUGUGUCCAUGGCCUCAGAGAUCAGGUGGUGACAAAAAUAUCCAAAUCCGGUGAGGUGACGUACCAGCUAAAAUAUCCUACUCAAGCGAAAGGUGCUGCCUCACUGAAUCAGACGAGGUAA